AUGGAACACCGUGUAGCGAUCGAUCUCGGCAGCGGGCUGGCCAAAAUCGGCUUCGCAGGCAACUCGGCGCCGGACUGCGUCAUCCCUAGUCUUGUCGCCACGCCGGUCCCUCGAGAGAACAGCGACAGUCCCAGGGGAGAUUACUACAUAGGGAAGUACGCGAUGAAGCUGAGACUUUUCGAUGCUGGAUAUUCGGUUCGCCCUGUUAUUCGCGAUGGAAGAGUUGAGAGUCUCAGCGACUUGGUAUUGUUCACCGAUGCAUGCUGCAAGGAGUACCUCAAAAUUGACCCCAUGGACUGUCACUUCUUCUUCGCCCUGCCAGCGAUGAGCUCCCCAGUCGAUCGGGCCCAGUUCAUGCGUGCUCUGAUGACCGCACUCUCGCCUCUCUCCAUCACUAUAGUGGACCAGUCCGUUGCCGCCCUGUUCGCCUCUGCCGGACCCAACUGCAGUCCUGGCCGCCUCACAGGCAAGUGCCACCUCUGCCCAGUCGUACGAGGCCGUCUUCUCUCAGGUACCAUUGUGGAUAUCGGAGAGAACCUCACGAAGAUCAUGUGUUUGGUGGACGGCUAUUUGGUCUGCAGCUCAGUGAAAGAGGAAGCAAUCGGCGGCGCUCAAAUCUCAGAGAUGAUAAAACGCCACCUUGAGGCUCGCGAAGAGUUCAAGCCGUUGAGCGCUCUCCGACGGAGGGACAGGGAGAAAGCGAUCGCCUCGGCUGUGCAAAAGAUCAAGCACGGCAGCUGUUAUUUGGCAGCCAACCCUGUCGACGAGGCCAUCAGGCUCGAUGAUGGUACCGCUCGUGGAGGAUUCCCUCGUCAUCGUUCUUGCGUAGAUCCAAAAUUGGCCAGGAAACGCUUGAGGAGCGAUGCCUACGGCUGGGAGUAUUCAGUUUACUAUGAGCGCUUCAUAGCUCCCGAGAUUCUCUUCGAGCCGACUAUUUCCUGUGGUCCUGAGAGGGACGCUACCCCAGUGCCAGUACUGGUCGAUGACGCCAUUCAAGCUGCUCCUAUAGAUUAUCGAGCUAGACUCUAUUCGAAUAUUGUCCUGUCGGGAGGCUCGACAAUGUUCACCAACUUCGACAAAAGGCUCAAGUUGGAACUCAAGAUGCUCACUUCCGCGCGCCACAAAACUAACCUGCCCAGCACGAUAGGGAUCAAGUCCACCGGGCAGAAUGCAGUAUGGCUGGGAACAAGCCUGAUCGCCCAACAGGCCGACUUUGACAAGCCAGCUAUGAUGAGAAUUAAAUACGAUGAGUUUGCUAAAUUCGGUGUUCGCUAUGAACAGACACUUUCCAGCAUGCAGGAGAAUAUGGGCCUAUAA